CGCAGCGGUAAAGUAGCUGCAGUAUGUUCCGUCCGUACGUUAAAUGUGAGAGGACAGAAAACACAAUGCUAACUUAACGAAUUUAUUAAGAUUUAGCUUAUAGAAUAGCUUAUAGUGCAUACUUAUUGGAACAAAAACGCACGGGAUGGCGUUAACAAGGAAUAUGUUAUCGCUAGCGUUUUGUGAAGUAAAAACGCUCAAUUGUGAUAUUGAUAUUAAUAUUAAAUAAGUAGGAUAACCGAAACCACCAAGUGAUGCGUUGAAGUGAUCUGCACAGCUUUUAAAUCAAAUUCUAUUAUCAAAUAUUAUCGCAGUCUUUGAGCACAAAGAAUUAUGUUGCAGUGUGCUAAAUUAUGUAAACCACAACGAAGCACAGCUAUUUUAUGUGUAACUUUGUUCCAGAUCGCAUAUAUGGCGUGUCAGCCGUAGCUACUUUAACGUUGUUACUUUUGUUUCAAUAAAACCGGAACUAUUUAGCUUAUUAAUUGUGGAAAGUGCAAAUUUCGUUAUUACUGUAGGCCUUUGCCCUGUCUGAGCAACCGCUGCUCUUUCGAGACUUUUGUCAAUGUUGGCUGGGUUUUUUUGCAAAGAGACUUUUUGUCUAAGCGGGUUGAGUGUGAGCUUGGUGAAAAACCCCUCCCCCAAGCCUUAGUGAAACAGGAACAACUUCUUCGAGAGAAAAAAAGUUGCACAAGUGUGAAACGUCUUGAAGAAACUUUUUGGUAGUCUGGCGUACCCCAGUCAGACGCUGAGAUUUUUUUUUUGUUUGUUUUGUUUUAUGGAUUUCUGUUGUUAGUGGAUGUUCUAAAAAAUCAUUCACACCCCGUCUUAAUCUUCUUCUCCCCCUCCUGGAAAAUGGUUUAUUGACUUCGAAGAUUUAAUUGGGUGCAAGCUUUCGUUUGUGGAAUAAGUUAGCAGCAAGCUACCUCUUUCAAAAGAGAAACUACAGGAUUCGUGGGAUAUUACUGCUGAUCACUCUACAAAAUCUUUAUUUGGAAUGGAGCAACUUCCUGGUGAAAAUCGGUCUUUGUUCAUUUUGCACAAAUGGGUUUGUGAAUGGAUGGUGUGAGCUACUCUUGAGGACGAGCUGCAGGAUUGGAGACUGGGAGGCUGCGGUGGUUUGUGAAACUGCUCUAGAACACACAGGCUCGCUUUGUCUGCUGGGGAGGGGUCAGAGGUCACGGCCCAGGGGACCUUUGGGCAGGCGCUCCUGAUGAGGAACAGCCCGAGAGCCCUGUGACACCUGGGGGCAUUCAAGAUUCCAGAGUUUGGUCUGCGUGUCCAGUUGCUGUGCUGAAGAAGAUAUGGCGACAGCUAUAUCGUGACACAGAGGGACAUGGGUGCCCACGGCCUGUGAGGGCUCCUGGGAGACGCAGAGAAUGCUGGAGUUGCAUGACGACAGAGCAGCAGCAGCAGCCGCAGCAGCAGCAGCAGCACAUUUCGGAAAGAAAGAGCGCCCUAAGAAGGAGAGGGAGGAGGCCAAGGACGGCCGUCCCAGCAGCACCACCAGCAGCAGCAGCAGCAGCAGCAGCGUCAGCGCCAGCGCCGGGCCCCGGAGCACUCGCGCCAAGGCUGCUCCCACUGCCACGCCCACUGCCACGCCCACGCCCAGCCCACACCAGCACUUGACUCCACCCUCUGCCUCCCUGGGAUCUCCGUCAAUGCAUUCCAGCAAUCCCAAAGUGAGGAACUCCCCAUCGGCAAACACUCAGAGCAGUCCAAAAUCCAAGCAGGAGGCGAUGGUGCGGUCACCCCCUGUGAUGUCUCCUUCCAGCGCCGCCCAAAUGGACUCCAAACUGCCCAAUCAGGGAAAGCAAGGGGGCACGGGCGGCCAAUCGCAGCCGUCCCCGUGCGACCCCAAGACACUGAGCGGCAGCCACGCCCCGAAAGGGCCCCAGGGGACUGCGGGCGGCCUAGGACUUAAAAACGGACAGGGCCUGAAUUCGGGCAACGGGGCCAAGGGCAAGGUGAAGAGGGAAAGGAGCACGUCUGUGGAAUCUUUUGAGCAGCGGGACACGGGGACACCCGGGAACGAGGUGGAGCAGAAAGAAGCGGGCAGCCGUGCCAAGCGGAUGUGCGUCGCCGAGCGACGGCAGCCUUACAGCGGGACGGACUGGUGCUCCGGGGGCGAGAGCGAGGAGGACGACCCGCGCUUCUUCAACUGUAACUCCAGUGACGUGAAGCCCCAGGACUCCAGCUCCCUCCCUCCCCCCGGCGCCGGGCUCAGCCGAUCAUCCACGCCUUCCCACAAUGCCGCAGGGGGGCAGAACGCCGUCUCCGAGCCGGCCAGCAGCCAGAAGCCUCCCUCGAAAGUUGUUUACGUCUUCACCACAGAGAUGGCCAACAAGGCUGCGGACGCGGUCAUCACAGGCCACGCCGACACCAUCAUCGCCUACCACAUGAAGAACAUCUCCCACAGCAAGGCUGACAAGCCCCACCUCCCUGUGAACAAUCAGGUGGGGUCCCUCCGGAGCGAUCCGAAAGCCGGGCCCCCCCAGCAGCAGCAGCAGCAGCAGGCCCACCCCCCAGACCAGAACCACCAGGCCUCCAAAGCCCCGCCGACGCAGGGGCCCAAGCUGGGCGGCCUGCCCCAGGACGGGGCCUCGGCGGCGGGCGUCGACUCCAAGGGCAGCAGCCCCCGGAACACUGCCACGCCUCAGGACGGCGGCCCGCCCUCCGGCACCCCGGGCCCCCAGCAGCCCGCCUUCCCCUCCCUGGAGGGGCUCCCCAAGGGGGCGGACGCCAAGAUGACGGCCCAGCACCACCAGCAGCUGGCCAACGAGAUCAUGUCCAGCAUGGGGGACAACCCCGAGGGCCUGUCGCAGGAGCAGCUGGAGCACCGCGAGCGCUCCCUGCAGACGCUGCGCGACAUCCAGCGCAUGCUCUUCCCCGACGACAAGGACACGCCCCCGCCCCUGCCCCCCAACCCCGGCAUGAUGGAGGGCCCCAAGAAGCCCGACCAGGGGCCCCUGCAGGCCAUGAUGGCCCAGUCUCAGAGCCUGGGCAAGCCCAGCCCCGGGCCCCGGCCCGACGGGCCCCCCUUCGGCCCCCCCGGCCACAGGGACAUGCCCUUCUCCCCGGACGAGCUGGGGCCCCCACCCCCCGGGCCGGGGGCGGAGCCUGGGGAUCACAUGACCCCGGAGCAGAUGGCCUGGCUGAAGCUGCAGCAGGAGUUCUACGAGGAGAAGAAGCGGAAGCAGGAGCAGCUCCAGCACCGGCCCCUGUCCGACAUGAUGCUGCACCAGCACGGGCCCCGGGGCCUCAUGCGCGGGCCCCCUCCUCCGUACCAAAUGAACCCCGGCGAGGUGUGGGGCCCCGGGGGGCCUGAGCCCUUCCCCGAGCAGAUGAGCAUGGGCCCCCGGGGCAUGCACCCGCCCCACCACAUGCAGAGGAUGCCGGGGUUCCCCAUGAUGAACCCCGACAUGGACCCCGGCCCCAACCCCAUGUCCCGGCCGGGCCUGGCCUGGCCGGACGACAUGCCCAAGAUGGGGGAUGGGCGAGGCUUUCCCCCGGGGCAGGGGGUGUUCGGGGGCCCCGGCGGGCGAGGGGAGAGGUUCCCCAAUCCGCAGGCGGUGCAGGAAGCCAUGUUCCAGCAGAGCAUGGGGGACAAGCAGCCCAUGGGUCUCCCCCCCGGCAUGGUGAUGGAGAUGAGCAGGAUGAUGGGAAACCAAAGAUGCAUGGACCCCCGUAUGCCCGGGGGGGAGGGCCCCAUGAGCCCCUCCCGCAUGGAGUUUGUGAAGGGGUUGGGGCGGGACAUGGGGGAAUUCGGCAUGGGCCCCGGGAACAUGAAGGACAUGCACUUGAGCAUGGGGCCCGGCCCGCCGAUGAUGGGAGGGAAGAUGCGAGAGCCGCCCAUGAACCUGAGCCCCGAGGAGAUCAUGAAGAUGAGGCAGGGCGGAGGAGGAGGGGGUCCUCCGCCGGAGAACAUGGGGCCCCCGCCCGAAAACAUGGGGCCCCAGCAGAAGAUGCUGCAGGGGCCCCCGUUCCCCGACCAGCCGCAGCCAGGGGACUUCAACAUGGGGCCUAACAGGCAGUUCCCGGGGAUGCCCCACGGGCCUCAGGGGCCCGGGAACAUGAGGGGCCCCCGGGGCGAGCAGCCUUUCGGCCCCGAUCAAAGAACUAACAUGGGCGGCAACGGGCGGCUCAGCCACCUGCCGCCUCUACCUCCCAAUCAGCAGCCCCCUCUGAAUUCCGGAGGCCUGGGCCCGGGGCCCCAAGGGGGCCAGAGGGGCCUGGGGCGCAAGCCCUCGGACUUGAGCGUGCAGCCGGGUCCCGUCAGCUCGCCCAACGUCAACCCGCUCAAGUCGCCCACGCUGCGGCAGGUGCAGUCGCCCAUGCUGGGCUCCCCCUCCGGGAACCUCAAGUCCCCCCAGACGCCGUCCCAGCUAGCCGGCAUCCUCACCGGGCCCUCCGCCGCAGCCGCCGCCGCCGCCGCCGCCUCCAUCAAGUCCCCGCCCAUGAUGGGGUCGGCUGGCGCCUCCCCUGUCCACCUCAAGUCCCCCUCUCUCCCCGCCCCCUCCCCCGGCUGGACCUCCUCCCCCAAGCCCCCCAUGCAGAGCCCUGGGAUUCCCCAGAACAGCAAGCCCCCCCUCAGCAUGACCUCGCCCAACAUGAUGGGCGGCGUCGAGCAAGGUGGGAACGGUCCCCCCUCAGCACCCCCCUCUAGUAACUCCUCUGGCCAGCCCGGUUCCAUGAACCUGUCAGCGGGUCUCUCAACAGGCAGCCCCUACGCCCUGCCCCCUGAGCCCACGCUAUCCCAGAAUCCCCUCUCCAUCAUGAUGUCCCGAAUGUCGAAGUUCGCCAUGCCAAGCUCGACGCCCCUCUACCACGACGCCAUCAAGACUGUCGCCAGCUCUGACGACGACUCGCCGCCUGCCCGGUCUCCGAACCUACCUAUGAAUAACAAUAUGCCUGGAAUGGGAGUGAAUCACCACCCGGGCCACCCCCGCAUGAUGGGCCCCAACUCUUCCGGCCACGCCCUGAGCCCCAUGAGCAUGAAUAUGGGUUCCCAGCCGCUCUCCCACGGCAUGCCCAACCAGAUGCCCUCGCCCAACCCCAUGGGCCCGGGCAUGCCCCCACACCCCGGGUCUAUGGGCCCGGGCAUGCUGCCCCACGGCAUGAUGAUGCCCCCGGUGUCCCAGGACCCCGGGAUGCCCGGCUCCCAGAUGAUGCCUCAGGGCCGCAUGGGCUUCCCCCAGCGGCAGCAGGGCUUCCCCCCGGGCCAGUCGCCCCCCCAGCAGGUCCCAUUCCCCCACAACGGCCCCGGGCCCCAGGGGGGCUUCCCCCACGGAAUGGGGUACCCCGGGGAGGGGGGCCCGAUGGGCAGGCUGGGCGGCAUGGCCCACGGCCCGGGCGGCGAGCCGGGCAUGUGCAAGCCCAGCGGACCGGGCGGCCCCGAGGCCUUCGGCAACAUGCCCGGCGUGUUCAACGACGCCGACCUGCACGAGGUCAUCCGGCCCGGAGCCUCGGGCAUCCCCGAGUUCGACCUGUCCCGCAUCAUCCCGUCCGAAAAGCCCAGCCAGACCCUGUCCUACUUCCCCCGGGGCGACACUGGCGGGGGAAAGCCCCCGGGGUUCCCCCAGAUGCAAGGCAUGAUGGGGGAGGGGAGUCCCAGGAUGGGCCUGCCGAUGCCGGGCCCCGGGCACAUGGGCCCCCAGGACAUGCCCAUGGGUAAUCCGGGACAGCACGGCAUGCGCCCGCCGGGCUUCAUGCCCCAGGGCAUGAUGGGACCUCAGCACCGGAUGCUGUCGCCGGGGCAGCCCGGCAUGAUGGGCGGGCCCGGGAUGAUGCAGGGCAAAGAGAGGGGCCCACUUUACAACCACCCGGGGCCCGUGGGCUCGCCCAACAUGAUGAUGUCACUACACGGGAUGGGCGGCCCCCAGCAGACUAUGAUGAUGCCGCCGCAGAUGAGGCCCCGUGGCAUGGCCGGCGACGUGGGCAUGGGCUUCAACCCCGGGCCCGCGAACCCAGGGAACCUAAUGUUCUGAGCUGCUGAGAACUCGCAAACAAAGGAACGCAAAAAACGACAAGCUCGAGUGUGAGAAUCGAGAGAGGAGUACAAUGACUAGACUUGUCCUUAACAAGCACGGGUGUAGCUGGGGACUACAGGAGAAGCGCUGUCGCUUACACCUGCUCUUAACGUGAGGAGUGGCGACCCCACAUUCCCCUCCUGCUCACCCUCUGGCAGCAAAACCAUGGCCCGUUUUUUGCGGAUUUGGUAAACGCACCCCAAAGGGGAUGUGUACAAAACCAGAAUGAGUUCUUCACGGAUCUUCUCAUUUUUGGGGUGGGGUGGGGUGGGGCGGGGCGGGGCGGGUGGGCGAAGGGAGGAGGAGGAGCGGGGGUGGAUUUGUUUGAGGAACUUCUGAAUGUAUGGAAAUAAAUCUACGUCAUUAGCUCAGAACUGCUCCUAGAAUUUUUGAAAUCCAUCACGUCUGGACUUCGGAAGCUACGUCGGGGAAAAAAAACAAGAACCGAAACGAACCGGAAAUAGAGGUCUGUAGUUGUACUUUUUUUUACAAAAAAAUGUAAAAUAAAAAAAACGAAACAAAAAACGAUUCAUCAAGGAAAGGGUAAAAUACACAAACCGAAAAAAUUGCAGUGAACUCGCAAAAAGAGACUCCAUUUUGUCACCAGGUUUGCAACGUUAUUGCUGUCUGUUAUCGUCUCAUCUGAGCUGUUCCCUCCAGAGAUAAAAAUGCUCUUUGUAUUUGUGUACUGUACUUGUAUUGUAAAAGGGAUUUUAGCAGUGACUUCUUUAUGGGUUUUCCCAUCUGUUUUGCAUUAGGGGGUGGGAGGUGGUGGUACCCCCCCCAACACCCCCACCACACAGUACUGUUUACCACAGGUGGGCUUGGACAAUUUUCUUUUUUUAUUUGUAACUCCAGUGUAUAACAAACCAAACUAUGACCUCAUUACAGAUAAUAGUAUUAUAAAAAGCACAAACAUGGAUUAACUAUAAAUAAAAAGGUGUCUCUCUUCUUUUUUUAUUGUAGAGAAAAACACUAUGGAUAAAGUAGGAACCGUAAUUAUCUAUAUGCAGUGUGUCCUCUGGUUCUUCAGCCACAUUUUCCAAGGGGGAUGGGGGAGUCCUCAGUUCUCAAACUGGUGGUUUAUGCUUGUUCCAGGUUCAGUCUUUUACCAUUUUACCUGGUUUUGACGGUCUACAAACAUGACUUCAUUAUUAUUAUUAUUAUUAUUUUCACAUUUUCUGUGUAUAGUUACUCAAGAUAAUUCCAGGUGUUCAAGGCAGUGAGACAACACCUGGGCUUCUGGAGGUCAAAACCAGGAUUUUGUUUAAAAAAAAAUGAAUAAAUGAAAUAAAAAAACUAAAAGAAACCAGAACUAAAACAUAGAAAAGGGUUUGUUUCGUUAUCUCCCUCCCCCUCCUGUGUAAACUCGUCAUGUGUAACUCCAUUGACUUUGGUACAGAACCACUUCCCAGCGCUGUGGUGUUGAAGACAAAUAAAAUAUAUUGUUUGGUAUAAA